CAUGGUGUUGCGCGGCGGAACCCGGAAGUGGCGAAGCCGUUACAGCCUCCUCGCGGAGCUAUCCGUCCAGAGGGAAGCCCCUCUCGGUUACAGGGAGCUGCUGUGGCGCGUGUGCCCAAGGCAGGGUCCCGGUGGCUCCCCCGCUCUGUCGCACAGAUGGCACUGCCCACGCUGCCCUCCGCCUGGCCCAGUCACAGCAGUGCCCUGGAGAAGCGGAUCGUGCGCCAGCGAGAGCAGGAGGCCCGCUGGCGGCAGCAAUGGGAGCUGCACAGCCGCUAUUUCCAGCAGUCUGGAGUCUGCAGCUCCAAGCAGAACCAGUGGGGCUCGCGGCAGUCCUACCAGCAAAGCAUGAACGCAUAUCACCGUCAGAAAAUGAAGGAAGAAAAAAAAAUCAACCUGGAUCAGAGGCGAGAACAACUUAGGAAACUUUUGUACGAAGAACGAGAAUUGCUCGCUGAAGAACUCAGGGAGCUGAGACUGACCAAAGAGUCCAAUAUGAAUAAGAUCAGAGAGAGAAGUGAUGAUUUGAAAUCUGCUAAAGAAGAGCGCCGGAAAAAGGUUGCUGAAGAGCUGCUUUAUGAACACUGGAAGAAGAACAAUAUCAAACUCAGAGAGAUUGAAUCAGAGCUUCACAAGAAGCAUGUGGUAGAUGCUUGGGGUGAUCAGCUAACAGAAAAGAAGCAGCAAGAAGCAACUGAAAAAGAAGAAAAAAGGCGGUAUGAAAAUGAAUAUGAAAUUGCCCGAAGGGAAGCGCUGGAGAGAAUGAAACAGGAGAAAGAAAAGAGGCGUCUGGAAGAAAAGAAACGAGCUGAGGUGUUACUGCAGCAAAUGGAAGAACUGAAGUUCCGGGAACUGGAGGCAAAAAAACUGAAGAAAGAGCAAGAGAAUUUACAGAAACAGCAAUGGGAGCUGGAGGAGCUGGAAGAAGAGAGGAAGCAAAUGGAAGCAUGCAGGAAAAAGUUGGAGCUUGGUCGCUUUUUGAGACACCAGUAUAAUGCCCAACUAAAGAGACGUGCACAACAGAUACAGCAGGAGCUGGAGAUGGACAGGCAAAUACUAUUAGCCCUUCUAGAAAAGGAAGAUGAGGACCAACUCCUCCACUCUGCUAGACGGGAGCGGGCUGUUGCAGAUGCCGCCUGGAUGAAACAUGUAAUUGAGGAGCAGCUCCAGUUAGAAAAGGAGCGAGAGGCAGAAUUGGAGACUAUUUUUAGGGAAGAAGCUAAACAAGUGUGGGAGAAAAGAGAAGAAGAAUGGGAGAGAGAGAGGAAGGCCAGAGACAGACUGAUGAAUGAGGUCCUUGCUGGUAGAAUGUGUCAGAUCCAAGAGAAGAUGGAGCUAAAUCGACAUGCCCAGGAGGAAUCUGUAAAAUACCGGGAACAACUAAUUAGGGAGCUUGAGGAAGCAAAAGAGCUGACUCAGCUAGAGAAAGAGGAAGAGGAGGAACUAAAAACUGCUCGCAAACAAGAGCUGGAGGCCCAGCUUACCGAGCGCCAUCUCCAGGAGCAGGAUGAGUUACGCCGCCAGAGAGAGGAGGAGGAAGAGGCCAGGCUGGCAGAGCAACACUGUGAGAAGUUAGUGCAGCAAGAGGCCAAGCACAUGACAGAACAGGGCUAUCACAGGAAGUUCUAUGGUCGUCCCAAAACAGCUUGGACCUGAUGAUGGCUGCCCUUAAGUUAUGAAGUCGUGACCAUCGUAGCAUUAGGCUGGGGAUUUAAUGUUGCAGGGUAUGUGCCUGUUAAACAAGAUUAGGAUUUUGUGUAAUAUUUCAAAACCAAGAAUCAAUGACAUUGUCAGAAAUAGUCCAUGAAGUGGACGGAAUUGUGCUCGGUGCAAAUGAAGGGUGAAGUUUUCAAAAGCAUCCAGCCACAUUCUCCCAAUGAACGCAGUAGCAACAGAUCUAGGCCAGUGAAGCUUGCUUUGAAAAUACUACCUUAAGUGUAGAGAGGGCUUGACACCGUACCUGCUGUUUCCAAUCUUUUACACUGGGAAGUGAUGCAAUGUAGCAUGUAAGGCAAAGUUGAUUAUCCAGCUACACUUCAAACAGGCAAAAGUGAUGGAAGUGUAAAUAUGCAGAAAGCUUUAAUGUAUCUGUGUUAAGUCACACAACCUACUUGAAUCAAGGACACUAAACCACUGUUACUGGUUGUAGCUGGAAGGGUUUCUUUAGAGUCAUGUUUCUUAACCUGAAGGAAUUUUGUGUUUCAGAUAUGGCUAUUAUCCUUCCCGUGGGUUCUUAUCACCCAUACAUUGUAAGACUGCUUGUAGUAACACAGUAUGGCUGUUGUUGAUGCAAGUUUCAUUUAGGCUCUAGGACUUGAAUUCAAUAAAUAUUUACUUGU